AUGAUCUGGGCAUUCGAUAGCUUGUGGGUUCACCGAAAUGGUGGUCAUCUUUAUCGCUUGACCGACACCGACGGUGACGACCAACUCGACAAAGCUGAAACGAUCCCUGGCGGUACCGGUGGUGGCGAGCAUGGCAACCACGCCGUCAUUGUCACUGAAGAUGGCGAAGGGCUCUACUUGGACGGCGGCAAUCAUGCCCCGCUGGGUGAAUAUGCAGGCUCACGCGUGACAAGCUGGGAUGAAGAUCUCUUGCUUCCCCGAAUGUGGGACGCCAGAGGCCACGCACGUGGCAAGUUGGCUCCCGGAGGUUGGGUAACGCGACUCAACAUCGAAAACAACGAACAAACCGUUUACACGAUUGGUUUCCGAAAUCAAUACGACAUCGACCGUAAUCGAUUUGGAGACGUCUUUACGUACGAUGCCGACAUGGAAUGGGACCUAGGGCUCCCGUGGUAUCGGCCGACGAGAAUCUGCCACGUUGCCAGCGGUACCGACUACGGUUGGCGAAGCGGCUCUGGCAAAUGGCCUGCCUACUACGAAGAUAGUGCACCUCCCGUGAUCGACAUCGGCCCUGGUUCACCUACGGGCGUCGUUUCGGGAAAGGGAACCGCUUUUCCUUCUCGCUAUCAGGACGCACUGUUCGCUCUCGACUGGACAUUCGGCACCAUUUACGCCAUUCAUUUAAAGCCUGACGGGGCCAGCUACAAAGCCACUGCCGAACCGUUUACGUUUGGUUCGCCACUUCCCGUGACCGACGCGAUCGUCGGCAAAGAUGGAGCGUUGUACUUCGCCAUCGGAGGUCGUGGAGCUCAAUCGGCUUUGUUCCGAGUUCGAUACAUAGGCAAUGAGUCGACGGCUCCCCCUACCGACAUCGAUCCUGCAGCGGCCGAAGCCCGCAAGCAACGUCGACAGUUAGAGGCAUUCCAUGGUGUUCAAGACGACCAAGCCGUGGCAACUGCCUGGCCUUUUUUGGACAGCGAAGAUCGCUUUCUCCGAAAUGCAGCCCGCGUCGCAAUCGAAAGCCAAACACCUGACAGUUGGGCCCAGCGCGUCUUCUCGGAAGUAAGCCCACAAGCGAAAGUAACCGCUGCCGUGGCAUUAGCUCGUACCUACGCGCUGACGUUUAUCCGUCUGGGGGCUCCGACAGAAGCGGAACGCCAAGCGGUCAUUCGACAGAUUGAUCCGUUGCUUCCAACGAGCGAUGCCGAUAUCAAUACCGAGCUAAUUCGCGUGUUGACUUACCUCAAAGCUGAAAGCGUCAUUGCCAAAACGAUGGCAUUGAUCGAGCAACGAUCGACUCCUGAAAUCCCAGAUUGGUCAACGCUCGCUUCGCGAAAUGCACGCUAUGGCGGGACCGUAAACGAGCUACUUAAAAACCAUCCUCCCACGAAAGAGAUCGGCUACGCGUUCAUCCUCCGCAACAUGCGACAAGGAUGGACCAUUCCGCAGCGCAAAGCAUAUUUCAC